GUAGUGCAUUGAGAGAUGGAGGGCAGCAGGUUGCAAAUUCAUGGGGUUGUAGGCGCAGGGGAUGCUGGGAGUUGUAGUGCAGUGAGAACAGGAGGAGAAGGGGAGGGAGGAGGCGGCAGGGGAGGGAGUGACGGGUCAGUAACAGGGAGGAGGAGAGGGAACCAGUCUCACCAGUGCGGCUCCUACAGGGGGAGGGGAGGAAGUUUCGGGAAGGUGCCCGGAGUUUCACUGGGGAUUUGCUGCACUUGGCACCGGGGUCAGGAGGGUCGGAGCGGAGUCCCAGGCACCGGCAGGAGGAGAAGGAAGAGCGGAGUCCUAGGGGAGAGAGCGCACCUGCCCGGCCCUGGUACCAUGAUCCCCCGGGCACUGCUGCUGCUCUCGGCCUGGAUGGUCUCGGGGGGCCGGACGCUGCUGGUGACGGUUCAGGACACUCAGAGGUACACGAUGCUCUUCUCCUCCAUCAUCCUCAAGUGCGACUACAGCACCUCGGCUCAGAUCCAGGACGUGGCCGUCACGUGGAGGUUUAAGUCUUUCUGCAAGGACCCCAUUUUUGAUUACUACUCUGCGGCCUAUCAGGCCUCGCUGAGUCUCAGUCAGGACCCCGCGAACGACUGCAAUGACAACCAGAGGGAGGUGCGAAUUGUCAUCCAGAAGCGAGCGCAGAAUGAGCCAGUGCUGGGGGUGGAUUAUCGACAGCGCAAAAUCACCAUUCAGAAUAAGGCCGACCUGGUGAUCAGUGAGGUCAUGUGGUGGGACCAUGGUGUCUAUUUUUGCUCCGUGGAGGCUCAGGGGGACACAUCAGGGGACCCCGAUAAAGAGGUCAAACUGGUUGUGCUGCAUUGGCUGACGGUUCUCUUCAUCAUCCUGGGAGCCUUUCUUCUCUUCCUCCUGAUUGGCAUUUGCUGGUGCCAGUGCUGCCCACACUGCUGCUGCUGUUAUGUCCGGUGCCCGUGUUGCCCAACCAGAUGCUGCUGUCCUGAAAAAGCUCUUGCCCGGCACAGAUACAUGAAGGAAAUGGAGAGCAUGAACCCCUGGAUCAUGGACAAGCCGUAUUACGCAGGAGCCGACCGAAACUCCCAACAUUCCUCUUACCAGCUGAAUCCAUUGCUCCAGCGAGAUCUUUCUAUACAGAGCAGCCUUCCCAUGCCGGCACCGAUGAGCUUCUCGCCUUCCAACAAUAAAGUCCUGGAUUUUCUGGAGACAGAGAUAAAGAAUCUGAACACUGCGCAGCCCUUGAUGUCUGCUCCCCAUUAUGGCGGCGCCAGCCAUCACCCCAGUAUGUUGUCUUCACUCAGCGAGGUCGGUGUACGGGAGGUGGAGCGUCGAGUCAUACAGCUUCCUCCAUUGGUUGAACAUAUUGUCAGCUCCCACUGCAGCAGCAACUCCUCCCAACAGCGCAGACAUAUGGGCUCCUGGGAUCCACUAGAGGGAGACAGGAGGAGGAACAGACAGUUGGAGGAUUCCAUCUCCAAUGAGAGUAACUGGAGAGCUCAGGAGAGACAGCACAGUGACAGAUCCUCUGGGCAUCGGAGAGAUCCACCCAGCAACCGGCGCCCAAGAAGGGACGUCUCUCCGCCUCGUCGAUAUGACGAUAGUUACAGUGAUGAAUCCACUUACAAUGACCCCCGAGGACGAUCCAACCCUCGUUCUGAUAGGGCGAGACCUACGGAGAGAAGAAGGUCUCCAGAAAGAGGAGAUCAAGGCAGGAGAGGAAGCCCUGACAGAUACUCCAGAUCCCAAAGGCACAGGAGAAGUUACUCCCCGCCUCAUCGUCGCAAUUCCUGGAGUUCAGAGGAUGAAGCCCAUCAUAACCAAGGCAGGAGGGGACGGUGCGAUCGCUCGGAUGAGUGGCCAGAGGAUAAACCACCCAGCUAUAAGUCUAUUGAUAUCUGUGCGGGGAAAGCUCCAACCCAACGGCCGGGGGCACUGAGACAGUCUGACCAGGCAAGUUCCAGAAGUGGCCGGAGCAUGGUGAUUUAAGCAGAAGAUCUGAUAAAAAUCAACAAUGAUAUUUCAGAAAUUCUAAGUUGAAAGCCGAAAAAAGGCAAAUUGAUACACGGAUUAAACAGGUGCCUUUUCGGGUCCUAUAUCUGUAUAUUUGGACCAUAUCCAGGUUUUAUACAAACUGUCCUACACCUGCUGCCUUACGUCAGACUUCAGCUGACUGUUCACUGGGGAUUCUGUUUAGGUCAGUCAUGAUUUAUAUCUGUAACUAGGUAAAAAAUGUCAAUUCAAUAAUUCAAGCGGGCGCCCAGACUGUACAGGGGGGGGGUUUGUUUACUUGCAACAACUUUUUGCAGAAGACUCUUCCUUAUCUGUUGCACUGCCAUUAAAUAUGUAACUUCAUUGCAUUACACUGAAAGAAAACACAUACUGUACAUUGUUGUAUUUUCAGCUCCUCACCCUACAAGCUCAAGUUCCAAACAUGGCGGCCAGCAAGCCCCCUGUGCAAGUUUUCAUUAAGAAGACCAGUAACGGGGAGCAGGGCUAUUUUAGGGUGCAGCGGCUUAGGAGGUUUUAUUUAACAUUUGAAUAAUGAGAAGUAACCUGAAUAGUAAGUGGGGAAUAGAUUCCUGGGAGUCGGGAGAAAGAUCUCCUUCCCUAGGAACAUUGGCCCUAUACUGUGUGUUUGUAAAUAAUAUGUAUAUAAUGUGGAAUGGGUAUUCCAAUAUUAUAGCUUAUAAGGGUCUUAAUUUAAAGGUGAGGGUACAACCAGAAAAAACAAGCACACACUCCUGGAGCCAGCCGGUGAAGUUAAAAUUGAAGUUUAUUCCAUACUACUAAAAUCAUACGCCCCAACGCGUAUGAUACGUAAUCAUAGACACGUAUCUACCGAUAUGUAAUCACGUGUCUAUGAUUACGCAUCGGUAGAUUCGAAACGCGUUAGGACGUGUAAUUUUAGUAAUAUGGAAUAAACUCCUGGCUCCAGGAUAGCGUGCUUGUUUGUUCUGGUUGUAUCCUCACCUCAAGCUACGGGUUCGGGGCAAGGCACCCGAGCCACCUGUCGUUAUUGGUGAGUGCGAAAAAAGCUGAUUUUACCUACACUAAUUACAUUGUUUAAACUGCGUCUGCAGGUGACGGACAUGGGGGUUUAAACACCCAGGUCACUCUCCCCAUCGGGUGAGCUGCAGUCUUACUUAUUUUGCUGUUCCAUAUUUAAUGCUCGGAGUUUUUAUGUUUCCGUGCUAAAAAUUUCAAUUGGUCAGCUUUUUUACUUUCUGGGAUUAGAGCUGGUUUUGGAUAUAAAUCUUAAAUAAAAGGUGGAAUCAAGCGUUGACAGUUAGGGGCCCCAUACAUUAAUCACCUGGGCCUAAUCACAGUGCCAGCUGUACCCGCACCUGCCAGACCCAAGUCCACCCACACCCGACUUCCGCCCUCCAUUUAUAGAUGCCCGGCCUGCCGAUGACAUCACAAAAUAGUGGAACAGGCGUGCGCCUAUAAAAACAGAAGCUGGCAGUGUGAGGUUGCGACCCGCAAAACAAAACAGCGAGGUUGACCCAAACCAGCAGGUAUUGGGUCAGCCUGCACAUCACUAGUUGGCACUGCCUGUUGCUUAUCACACUGGCAUUCUGGGAGUUGCAGUAAGUAGAACCGGUGGUGCAGGUAUGUGGGUCCACGAGGCUACAGUCUCUCUCACUUGUUUAGGGCAGAAUAAAUUAUUUUAUAUAUUAUUUUUUUUUAUACUGGAGGAAACUGUAUGUUUUGUAUAUACUGGAUGUAAUUAUAUAAGGUAAUAAAAAGUGAUGCUGUUUCUAUUCUUGCUAUGGGAGACUUUGUUUAUCUGUAAAUAAACCAGUUCUGUUUAUA